AUGGCGUCGACACCACCACCACCGUCAGUUCUGCGAAUUCCUCCGACUCCACGACAUGGAGCGGGUUAUGAUUCAUAUGAGCCCUAUUCUACAGGAUAUUCGACAAGAUUAGCGAGUCAGCGAGCGUCAAGAGAGUCCCGCAGCACUCCUCCGCCUUCCAAGCCUAGUUUCAGGAGCGCAAAGAAGCAGAGCAACGAUGAAUUUGAGGCCCUUUCACCCCCGGGAUCCAUUUUUAGCUCUUCCCGGAAGAAGCCGUCAAGCAGCGGUGGAUUGUUUGCUACGGCACAUUCAAAAGACGACCCUUCAAUAUCAGAUAAUACCGAUCCGUUCAGCACUGGAGAGCUGUCUCACGCCCAACAACGUCCUCUGAAAGCAUACCGGCCCACGAUGACCGACGGAAUGCUUCCCACGCCCGCCAAAACUCCACGAAAGAAGGCCAUUGGCGACGUCGCGGGCACUGCUCGCACCCUUUUCCCGACUACACGGCCUAAGAAAACCAAGAAACAUACCGGUUACUCUCUGGAUAGCUUCAUUGACCAUGCCGCCCAGCAAUCUUCGCAGAUCGAGAUCUACACGGACUCUCGUGACCGGAUCCCGGAGGUCGAUGAGAGCGAAGGGAAUCCUUUCUACAAGAACAGCGAGCCUGAAGUCCCAAGCCAAAUGACUGCACGGGCGUCUAGAAGAAGCAAGAGGGAAGAGAUGAAGCGGGAUCAGGAAGUUGACGAGGCGAUUAACCGCGAAGAUGGCAUGUUUUACGUAUUUCGAGGCAAGAAGAUGUUCCGCAAGUUCACCGACGACGUCGAAAGCGAUGGCGAAGAUGAGAAUGAUCUGGGUCUGCUGGCAGCCCGCCCUGACCUUCUGGACUCAUCUAUCACCACAAAUGUCCGCCCGUUGACUCGCUCGUCUAUCAAGCCGCGGGUGCUCUUCCCAAGCGCCAACGAUCGGGCUCCUACGGAGCAUCAUAUGAGUGACGUCGACGAGGAAGCAGCAACGGAUAUCGACGAUAACAUGCUUCACAAAGAUCUUGCAGACGACACUGAUCAUGCCACGGAUACCGAAAUGCCACAGCGGCCGGUAACUCCUCCACCCAAGUCCGAAGUCGCGACACCCCCAUCGCCCGGCGCUACAAUUCGUUCUCUACGCUCUCGAAGCAAAAGAGAGGGCACGGAACAAUGCGAAACGGCUGCUGUAUCGGACAGCAACACGAAGCGCGUCAGUCCAUUUGCAGGCUGGCUGCGCAAGAAGCAGACCCCCGCUGUUGCCGGGUCCAAGGCGAAAAAGCGAGAUGCAGAUACUGCCGCAAGUCCCGGUGGUCCUGCGACAAAAAAGACAAGGGGAAACAAAGUCGCGCCUACAUCGUGA